UUUGGUUCUGUAAUUAUUCAGGAUGUUAUUAUUUAUCGCAUUUUCACUUGUUUUAUAGGAGGCUACAGUUCUGUGGCGUAACAAAAGUUUGAAAAUAUCUAUAUUUUCUCUGGGAGGAAUCCUCAUUUGCUGUGAACUCAUGGUUUAAUUGGGUAUAAAGAUGAGUAUAAGCAGUGAUGAGGUUAACUUCCUGGUGUACAGAUACUUACAAGAAUCAGGGUUUUCCCAUUCUGCAUUUACUUUUGGUAUAGAGAGCCAUAUCAGCCAGUCUAAUAUUAAUGGUGCCCUGGUACCACCUGCUGCUUUAAUUUCCAUCAUUCAGAAAGGGUUGCAGUAUGUGGAGGCAGAAGUUAGCAUUAAUGAGGAUGGAACCCUGUUCGAUGGCAGGCCUAUCGAAUCUCUGUCUCUCAUCGAUGCGGUUAUGCCUGAUGUUGUGCAAACAAGACAACAGGCAUACAGAGACAAACUCGCACAGCAACAGCAAGCUGCGGCUGCUGCAGCAGCUGCCGCCGCCGCCGCUGCUUCUUCUACAGCUAACAAUCAACAACCCUCCACAAAGAAUGGUGAAAAUACAGCAAAUGGAGAGGAGAACGGAGGACAUGCACUGGCAAAUAACCACACUGAUAUGAUGGAAGUUGAUGGAGACGUUGAAAUCCCUUCCAGCAAGGCAGUGGUGCUACGCGGCCACGAGUCAGAAGUAUUCAUUUGUGCCUGGAAUCCAGUUAGCGAUCUGCUGGCCUCAGGGUCUGGCGACUCAACGGCUAGAAUAUGGAAUCUUAGUGAAAAUAGUACUAGUGGGUCAACACAACUGGUCCUUAGACAUUGUAUACGGGAAGGUGGUCAAGACGUUCCCAGCAACAAAGAUGUAACCUCUUUAGAUUGGAAUAGUGAAGGAACCCUUCUAGCAACGGGGUCAUAUGAUGGCUUUGCAAGAAUAUGGACUAAAGACGGAAAUCUUGCUAGCACCUUGGGACAGCAUAAAGGACCGAUAUUCGCACUGAAAUGGAACAAAAAAGGAAACUUCAUUUUAAGUGCAGGCGUAGAUAAGACGACCAUUAUCUGGGAUGCACAUACUGGGGAAGCAAAGCAACAAUUUCCCUUCCAUUCAGCACCAGCAUUAGAUGUUGACUGGCAAAGUAACAAUACGUUUGCAUCUUGCAGUACAGAUAUGUGCAUCCAUGUCUGUAAACUGGGUCAAGAUCGACCAAUAAAAACAUUCCAGGGACAUACAAAUGAAGUGAAUGCAAUAAAAUGGGAUCCUACUGGUAAUCUUCUAGCAUCCUGUUCUGACGACAUGACAUUAAAGAUCUGGAGUAUGAAGCAAGAUAACUGUGUUCAUGACUUGCAAGCACAUAACAAAGAGAUUUAUACCAUCAAAUGGAGCCCUACUGGGCCAGGGACAAAUAAUCCAAAUGCUAAUCUUAUGCUGGCAAGUGCGUCGUUUGAUUCUACAGUAAGAUUGUGGGAUGUAGACAGAGGAAUCUGCAUUCACACAUUAACAAAACAUCAGGAACCUGUGUACAGUGUAGCCUUUAGUCCUGAUGGCCGGUACUUGGCCAGUGGUUCAUUUGACAAAUGUGUACACAUCUGGAAUACACAGACGGGUGCAUUAGUUCACAGCUAUCGGGGAACAGGGGGAAUCUUUGAGGUUUGUUGGAAUGCAGCAGGGGACAAAGUCGGAGCAAGUGCGUCAGAUGGUUCAGUUUGUGUAUUAGACCUACGAAAAUAGCGCUACUGGUUGGAAGCCAUGGACCGACUAUGAAUGUGUACAUAGCCAAAAUGACUGUCCCUAACCCAUGUACUGCUAUAGUCCCACUUAACCAUGGCCAGUCCACUACAGCCAAACUGAAAAGAAACCUAUACAUAGAUAUUUACAUUUGAUAAUGAACCGCUGCAAAAUAUUGCACCUCAAAGAGGAUAAAGAUUUUAGAUAACAGCUUGAAUAUUUGUGUGCUGGAUUUCCAGGAGCAACAAAUUUGAAACAAGAAGAUUGUCUAACAGUAAUGCACGGCGAACAUAAAUGUACCAAUGUUGGAAGAUGGUAGUCGAUUAAAAAUACGCCAUGUAUUUUUUAUAUUACAAUCCUGAAUUAUGUUCUACAGGAAUCCAGCCUGUUUUUUUGGGGAGGGGGGGGGGUUCCUGUUUCUUUUCAAUCAUUUGCCCUUGUAGAGAUCACGGGCAAUUUACUUGAGCAAUAGUUUGAUCUUGGUUUUGAAGCGUUAUUUUCAGAGUGGGGGCAAUUUAUCUCACUAUAAUAUAUAUAUUUUUUUUUAUAAAUAUAUAAUUUAGUUUCUGAACAGGUUUUCUGAGAAGACUACAACUUGGUACACAGAAAGAUGUUGAUUUAUUGGCUGCAGCCCAUGCAGUUUGUUACAUAAAAAAGAAAAAUAUCAAUUAUAGGUAAACUGCUGUUUAUUUUAUGGUGACGUGGCUGAAAUGCUUAUUUGGGACAUAUUUCUGCCAAACGUGAAGGGCACAAAAAAUAAAGAUCAGACAGGGGACACUAACGUGUCUUUGUUUCCUUUAGACCAUUUACACAUGGUUUACUUGUGCACUAUUGUGAUAGGAGCAAAAUAUAUUUCUUUUAUUCUUAAGAGAUUAUAAUCUCUCAUUGUUUGGACUGGUUUUUGAAAUGGAUUCUAGGAAUACUUGUAUAAUCCGUAAAGCUAUAUUAUGGAGAAGCUCAACAUUAUAGAGACACUGAAAAGGUAACCAAAUUCCAGUGUUAAAAGUAUCUCUUAUGUUAAUCUCCUAUAGCAAAAGAGUUCUUUAUCCCAUAUAUUCAUUCACAUAGAAGGCAGGCCGAAUUCAUAAUCUUUACAGAUUUAAAUGGGGACUUCCUUCAGGUUUUCUGUUAAAUCAAUAUUUUAGGCUUUUAACACAUAGGCAGCACAAAUUGGGUGUACAGUAUGUUGAGUUUCAUCUAUUUUCUGCUUGUCAUUUUUUUUUUUAUAUAAUUUUAAAAGUUCUAUGCUGCUAUUCAGAAUAUUAACAAUGUCAGUUUUUUCUUACAUUUUAUAAUGCUUUUUUAACAAACAAAAAAAUACUUUCUGCCCUUAUUAAAAAUGCUUAUCCAUGUUUGCUUCCUUUUUAGCAAAUAUCUGACAUUUUAACAGUUGGGCUGUUUUUGACUAGGUUGUAGACUCAAAACUUGCAAAAAACAAAACAAAUAAAACAGCAUAGCCAUUUUGUCCAGAACAAGCUUUUUCUUAAAAGGGCAUCCCAGCCUAAAUUGAUCAUCCAUGCAUUUCACUAACUGGGAGGCAGGGGAAAAUGUUUAUAUCCUGUGGUUUUAAUAACAACCAGAGGUGUGUUAGUGGCAACAAUGUAACCAUUACUUAAAGGGACAUGACACCCACAUUUUUUUCUUUUGAUGAUUUAGAAAGAGAAUGCAUUUUUAAACAUCUUUCUAAUUUACUUCUAUUAUCUAAUUUGUGUUAUUCUCUUGAUAUUCUUUGCUGGAAAGCAUAUCUAGAUAUGCUCAGUAGCUGCAGAUUGGUUGCUGUACAUAGAAGCCUCAUGUGAUUGGCUCACCCAUGUGCAUUGCUUUUUCUUCAAAUAAGGAUAUCUAAAAAAAAAUGAAGCAAAAUCAAUAAUAGAAGUAAAUUGUAAUGUUAUUUAAAUUUGUAUGUUCUAUCUGAAUCAUGAAAGAAAGAUUUUGGGUUUAGUGGCCCUUUAAUAUACUAAGUUUAAAUAGAUAGAAAAAAUAGCCUCUUUCGUAGUUUAGUUUUUAUGUUUUAUUCAAUGAAAGCUUCUAUUUUAGAUGAAUAUUCCAAAAAAUAAAAUAUAACAUAAAAGUUUUAUUUUAUUUUUGGGAUGCUCAUCUAAAAUACAAUCUUUAAUUGUAUAAAAAUAUCUAAACUGUGAAAGACUCUACUUUGUCUACAUUUCAGUUUUGAAUAAAAGCCUUUUUUACACUUCUAUUGGCAAUUUAUUUUUCUUCUUUUUAUCAAAAUCUAUCUGUUUUGUUCAGAGCUUUUACUGCGCUUGGGCAUUUGAAGCGUAUAUAGCUAACCUGCAUGUGCAUUUUAUAGAGCAUAUCUGCUCAGAACGUCGGUGGUGCCUUGUAACAAGUCCCGGUGACUUUGUUUGCAAGAACAGACAGUUUUUGCUUUCUCCAUGUGCCCAUUUUUACACAAUGAAAGUUCCCAGCAAAACAAUGAUAGAUUUUAUUAGAAGCAUUUUUGCUAUUACAAGUGUAAUGUUUCUGUUCAACAGUUAAAUGUACUAAUAUGCAUUUGAAUUUUGGCUGGAGUGUCCCUUUACCUCCUCGUCCUGUAGAGACUAAAUUUUGAAUAGAGUACAAUAAUUUCAGAGACAUGUGAAAAUCGUAUUCCACUAUAUAUUUCUACAUCGUCAAGAUAUUACAAAUGCAAACCGCUUUUCUGGUCUAAUAAAAUGUUCUUUCUGUCACUUGCAUUUUAGAAAUUCCAUGAAAUUGGUGAUAUUCUCUGUUCUUUGUUUUGUGAAAGUCCUGUCCAUACAAUUAAACAUGAAUAGACAUCUCUGAAGUGUUUUACACUUGGUGAAGUUGAGUGAUUGCAUUAUAAAGCAUAGCAAGGGGAUACUACCUGUUUAAUUCAUUGUUUGAAAUGCACUCUCUUAAAGCAGGUUUUGAUAUUUCUUAUAAUGAAUUUCACCCAAAAUUGCAGCUAUGAAUUAAAUGUUUAGAAUUCAUUUAACUGUAGUGUACAACAAGACCAGCCUUAUUAAAGGCAUUCUGAACAUUAGGUGUAUUCCCAACAAACCCUGCCCUCCAUUUUGCACGUCAUCCUAAGAAGAUUCUUACAUUUCUCACCAUGGUUCUGUGACGGCUUUAAUAUACAUAUGUAUAUAUGUGUGUGUGUGUGUAUGUAUGACUGUGUAUAUGUGUGUGUGUGUGUGUGUGUGUGUGUGUAUAUAUAUAUAUAUAUAUAUAUAUAUAUAUAUAUAUUUCUGACUAUUUUCUUCCCAUUUGUAAUGUUUAGAACAGUUUGUGUGUUUCAUAUAUAUACAUAUAUAUAUAUAUAUGUAUGUAUAUAUGUGGUAUUAUUUAGAGACGAUUGACAAUUAACCUUGAAAAACCAUGUCUGUGGCUGAUGUUAAUGGGAAAUUAUCUGUGCAAUAAAAAGGAAGGGGGAAUAUGCCCCCAGGAAAAGACCCAAAUGUUUUGAAAAGGCUAUUCUAAAACAGUGCUUAGACCAAUGUCAGUAGUCCGUACUAUACUACUGUAUAUCAAAAUAAACUGUGUAUAUGUGUGUGUGUGUUAGAUGUGCAUUGGGCAUUUGUUUAUAUAUAAACGAAUGCUAAAUAUUGCUCUGGGUCAUGGCAUUUUGGCUCCUUUCAAAGCCGUAUUUAUUUGUGUAAUACUACAACACACAAUGAUCUGAAUGCCGAAUGCACAUGUCUAAUAUAUAUGUAUCAGAAAUAAAAGAAAUGACUUUUUAAAAUCUAUUUUUCUUUAACACAGUCUGCAAUUUAGUUAAGUUUUAUCCCAAAGUAAAGCUUGCCUUCAAUCCCUUUAGAUCUUUGGCUGUUUUAAGCAGAGAGUGUUUCCAACUGUUGAGAUUUUAAUUGAAAAACAGAUGCAUUUUUUGGCUAUCUAUGUCUUGUGAUAGUGCUUUUAAUUUGCCAACAUUCUAAAUCAGGACAAUAAUAGUUCAGACAGUUGUUAUUAAAUUUGAAGUUUGAGACUUCAACCUCCCUCUGUUUGUAUGGGCACCACUGGAUUUUACAUUCUAUUAAACACCAAUAUGAACUUUUGUUGGGACACUGCAAUAUUCUGAUUCAUUUAAACGUAUGGUUGAUUAAAACCAGUUGGUUGUUUUCAAAAAUUGGAAUUUUUGGGGUCUAAUUUUUUUAGCCUAUCAACUGCACUGGAGUCACUUGUCUGCAUCAUUUCUUCUGUUAUACAAUUAACUAACCAAUGUUGUAAUGAACCAGCCCAUUGUAGUUUUUGUACAUGUUAAAUACUUUUAUUGUUUGGUUUUCAUGAUGACUUGUCUAAUGAACACAUUUGGUGUUCUCUACUGUCCUGGACCAUGUUAAUUACACUUUAUAAUGUAUUUUGCUUCCACAUAAUAAUUUGCCCCAGUGCCCCUUUGUCCCUUUCUCCUUGUUUUCACACACUUUUUUCUGUUGCAGUUACCUUUUGCAUUGUAUUGCUCUGACAACUGUAAUUUGAAUCCGAUCUGAAAGAGGUCCAGAAUAAAAUAUAUUUUGAUAUUA